AUGUCGUCCGCCGCCGACAAGAAGUUCUACAUCCUGCGCUACGAGUACGUGGGCGACAUCCUCGAGCGCCGCGGCCCCUUCCGCGCCGAGCACCUGGAGCGCGCCGUGAACGCCAAGAAGGACGGCCACGUCGUCAUGGGCGGCGCGCUCGUCAACCCGCCGGACGCCGGCGUCUUCAUCUUCAACGUGGCGGACAAGCAGCUCAUCGAGGACUUCGCCAAGGAGGACCCCUACGUCCUCAACGACCUCGUCACGUCCUACUCCAUCCGCGAGUGGACCGUCGUCGUCUAA